AAAUUAAAAACAUAAAAAAUACUUUAUAUUCUUAUAAUAGUACAUUUAGUACUCAUUGACUGAAAGUGACUUAUACAGGCAUUGAAGUGAUAAAGAGUUCAGUCCUAAUUCAGUCAUUACUUUCUACUACGAAGUAAUUUUAUUCCGUUGUUUACUACAGUCAUUAAUAAAGUCAGAAAUACAACCCCAAUAAAAAAAGUAAACUUUAUGAUAUGACAUCCCCAAUUAUAAAUCUGAGUUAAUGGGAGGACCAUCAAAGCUUUAACCAGUCAGAAGCGAGAUACUGAGAGAUAUACAGGGGGUUUAAAGAGACGGACUCAGUGUGAACGACUAUGAUCUAUUGGAAUAAGACCGGUUAGUGUUGUUCAAUAGGUGCUGAAUUUAUCACCUGUCUACCGGUCACUCUCAAGUGUGUCCUUCUGGACCUUCCAGAGGAAUUCAUUAUAGUCUUGUCAUUGUUCAAUAAGAAGACCAACUUCUACUUUGAUCCCGGAUCUUUCUAUUUUUAUUGAGUGCCUUGAUUCAUUGCUAACAGUGAAUGAUUUUAAAGUUUGUCAGAAUUUGCUGAAUAUUUUUUUUAUUUUUAACUUGCCUUAAUUAGAAAACCUGGAUUUUUAAUUUCUUAAGCAAUGUGGAAGUUUUAGGAAAUUGUUCAUUAAUCAGAAAGAUUGAUGGGUUACAAAGAAAUGGACACUUAAAUCAUUAAAACAUGAGGUGGGGAUCGUAAUAUAGCUAGUGACAGCAGAGAACACCGCUAGCUGCAUGCAUUCAGUGUAACAGGUGACUACAUCAAGAAAAAGGACUACAUUUAAUUGUCCACCUAAUUCCGAGCUUCAAUGGACAUGGAUAUUGAACACUGGAGAAGUGAAGUCAAUAAUUUCUACCUUCUUCACCAUCAGGUUGCCUUUGAUGGCGGCGAUUUCUACGCCAUGGCGGACUCCAUUCCUGUUGUACGACAGAUCGACCGGCAGCUGCUGAAUUGUGGGAUAUGUCUGGAGCGCUACAAGGCUCCCAAGGUCCUGCCCUGUCUCCACACCUUCUGCCAGAAGUGUCUCGCCAACUACAUUCCUGCUGAGAGUCUCUCGGUAACGUGUCCAAUCUGCAGACAACAGUCCAUAUUACCAGUGCAAGGUGUUUCAGCUCUACAGACAAACUUUUUUAUAACCAAUCUAAUGGAGGUGGUAGACCAACCAAACAUUUGUAGAACUUGUAGCCGGGAGCAGGCAAAGCCCUCCACCAAAUGUAUGGACUGUGCCGAGUUUCUGUGUACCAGUUGUACAAGUAUUCACCAAGCCUUAGAUCAAACCAAAGAACACAAUGUUGUAGCCCUGUCGGACAUUUCUGGGAAUUCUGAAAGUGAGGUUGAUACGACCUUAGUGUGUCCCAGCCAUGAUGGGAAUGCAUUACGGUUCUACUGUAUCGCUUGUGAGACAGCAGUGUGUGGGGACUGCACUUCUGUGGAACAUAUAGGACAUAAAACUGUGCCCCUGUUUGAUGCUAUCCAGGAACAAAAAAUUCUCCUACACACGCUGGUGUCUGGGGCCAGGGAGCAGGUGCCCUGUCUGGAGGACUCCAUUAAUCUGGUGAACGAUGUGGUGGGCUCUCUGGACCUAGAGAACAAGUCCGCGGAGGAAAAAAUACUCAGUGCUUUCGAUGAACUCAGUAACAUGUUACAAGUCAGGAAAACAGCAUUACUGGCAGAACUUCAAACAAUCUACAAUCGCAAACACCAAAUUCUCUUCGAACAAAAAGAGACACUGGAAAGUAUUCUCAGUAAAAUAACAAACUGUUGUGAUUUCACUGAAGAGACCUUGAAACAUGGAAGUGAAACAGAGAUCCUGCUCAUAAAAACCGAAAUGUCAGAAAAGCUGAAGGAGUUGGGAGCUCUGAAGCUACAGUAUCAGCCGGAGGAAAACGAGUGUCUAGUCUUUGAUCAUACUCACUUCCAGACGCUGAGGAAGUCACUCACCAGUGUAGGAGCUGUUCAGACAAACAGCGCCGUGGCUUUUGAGAGCACAGCCUCAGGGGAAGGACUGAAGAUGUGUUACCCAGGGAAAGCGACCUCUAUAACUGUGAUAUCCAAGGAUAGGAAGGGAGAACUAGUGCGGGUCGGGUAUGCCUCACUGUCAGCAGAAAUCAGAGAUGAGAUUGACAUGGCCAGCAAUCCGUUUGUGAUGGACAAACAGAAUGGUACCUACGAGGUGACCUACACGGUGGAAAAAGCGGGUACUUACUCUCUGGAAAUUAAACUCUACGGCCAUCACAUCAAAGGGUCGCCAUUCAAGUUCAAGGCCAUAAAUGCUGGUGAAGAAGUUGACCAUUUCAACAACUCCAAGAUUCCGAGGACUCUCAAUGUGAAGCAGAAAGGCACCAAGCGACCCCCAAGUUCUAGGUCGCAUGGGUCAAACAGAAGAAGCAAUGCCAUAGAGGACGAUCUGGUGAUAAGGGUGGGAGAGAAGGGACGAAACAAAGGCGAGUUCUCCAAUCCCCAGGGUCUGCACGUAGUAGGUGACAAAAUCAUUAUAGCCGACAGUAACAAUCAAACUGUGCAAGUGUUCAACUCUAAUGGAGAUUGCAAGCUGAAGUUUGGGUCUCCAGGUCGGGUUGCGGGUAAGAUGCAGCGACCCACGGGGAUAGCCUCCACCCUCAAUGGUAACUACCUGGUUGCUGACUAUGACAAUAAAUGGAUCAGUGUUUUCUCCCCGGAGGGAAAGUACAUGAAUAAGAUAGGUACCGGUAAACUGCUGGGACCCAAAGGGGUGGCUGUGGAUAAAAAUGGACACAUCAUUGUUAUAGACAACAAGGGGAGCUGUAUAUUUAUAUUCCAGUCCAACGGAAAACUCAUCUCCAAGUUUGGAUCGCGAGGGAACCAUGACUGGCAGUUUGCUGGUCCCCAUUACGUGGCCAUCAAUGCCAACAAUGACAUCAUUGUGUCAGAUUUCCACAACCACUGCAUCAAAGUGUUUGACAGUGAGGGAAACUUCCUAUUCACGUUUGGCUCCAAUGGAGAGGGAAAUGGGCAGUUUAACGCUCCCACAGGGGUGGCUGUCGAUCAGAAAGGGAAUAUAUUGGUGGCCGACUGGGGCAAUUCAAGGAUACAGGUGUUUGACAGCAGUGGAUCCUUCCUGUCAUUUGUGAACACAGCAGCAGACCCCCUCUAUGGGCCCCAGGGGUUAGCGGUCACCAGUGAUGGCUAUGUUGCUGUGGCUGAUUCCGGCAACCAUUGCUUCAAGAUCUAUAAAUAUCUGCAGUGAAAUCCAACCAAAGUCCUCGGACAAAGUACCCUGUCAAAGCUCCAUUCAUCCAUCGUCUCUCAUGGAGAAUCUUUGUGCAAUACCGCUACUGUUUUUUGUGAUGCAACCUUCCAGAAAAUAUACUUUGCAAUGUCUGUAUGAUUUGUACUGUAUCAGAAGUUCAACUUUACCUACUAUUAUUUACCUUAGGAACAAUAUGGAGAUGUUGAUGGGAUUUUGUCUUUCUACAAGCAUGAAUGAAUAUCCAGAUGUCACUCAUCUUUCAUGCAUUAAUUGUUGUAUACAGGGUCAUUCAGUUCACAAACAAAAUCCAAUAUACUGGAACAACUGUCUCCACAACCAAGUGCAAUGUCCUAGCUUAUAAUCACAUAAAUGUAAUGCAAGGGAGGUAAUCCCUCAUAUAUAUAUGACCAAGUAUGGUGAGGAUUAAAACAUUCUAAGAUUUGGAGUGUUUUACUAAUGCUGGUACCACUAGUUUGUAUCAGAGCUGAUAUAGACUAUAUUUUAUACAUUCCAUGGAUGUGUACUUAUAGUUAGUCCCACCGCAUUGACUGUAGACCAAGAAUAUUGUGACAUAUUGUACCUGUUUAGAAAUAAAUAACGCUUCCUCAGCAUCGUGUGUGUAGAACCACACCAUGGUAUAGACUACCAUUCCAGAGUUAUCUAUAAAACAUUCCAUAUUGAUCACAGUUCUGUGAAGUAUUAAGUAUCAAAUUAAAGAAUGCAUAAAACAUGAAUAGGAAUGGCUAAACUAUAGAGCUGCCAGCUGGCCAUGUUACAACAUGCGUAAAUGUUCUGUUUAUAUUAGAGAUUUACAGAUCUGAUUAAAUGUGUUCAACAUUAAUGAUGUAGACUUGUUUGCAAUGGAAGUAAUAUUCCUACAUGUAAAGCUAUUUAUUAAAGUCAAUCUCUCUCCUCCUGA